AUGGCCGUCAAACAAACGCGCUUUUCGGGUGUAAGGACCCCCACGGCCGUGUCUUGUCCGGCCAAAGUGCUCGUUGCCGGUGGCUAUCUCGUGCUCGACCGCGACUACACGGGCCUGGUCUUCGGCCUCGACGCCAGAAUCCACACCGUCGUCGCCCCCGUCAAGACCAGGUCCGGCGUCACCAUCAAUGGCAUCCUCGUCACCAGCCCCCAGUUCCGCGAGGCCAUCUGGGAAUAUGGCUACAGGCUGCAGGAGAAGAGUGGCGGCAUGGCCAUCACACAGCUGAGCAUCGGCCACGAGCAAUCCAUUGCCCACUCCCGCAACCCCUUUAUAGAAACCGCCCUUACCUAUGCCCUGACCUACAUCCAAACCCUCCUCCCCGACACCCUCAUCCAACCCUCCAGCAUCCGCAUCCUGGCCGACCAAGCCUACUACUCUAACCCCGGCACGCCCCGCAGCUCAAACAUCAUCGCAGAGCCGCACAAGACGUCGCGCUUCCAGGACUUCAAUGUCACUCUCAAGGAAGCGCACAAGACCGGCCUGGGCAGCAGUGCCGCCCUCGUCACCAGCUUCACAGCCGCGGUGCUGGAAUUCUACCUGCCCAAGAGCCUUUUCGACAUGAGCACCGAAAAGGGGCAAAUGAUUCUGCACAACCUCGCGCAAGCAAGCCAUUCGUAUGCCCAGGGCAAAGUCGGCUCCGGCUUCGACAUUGCCAGCGCCGUGUUUGGCUCCUGUCUGUACAAGCGCUUCUCGCCCUCGCUGCUCAGCAGCCUCCCGCAGCCCGGCAGUCCCGGUUUCGCCACUCAGCUGCGGUCGCUGAUCGAGGGCCCCGCCUGGGACACGGAGAUCAAGAAGGCCCCCAUCAAGAUGCCCAGGGGCCUCCGCCUCGUCAUGUGCGACGUCGACUGCGGGAGCGAGACGCCCGGCAUGGUGAAGAAGGUGCUCGCGUGGCGGGCAGACAAGGCCGAAGAAGCGAAUCAAAUCUGGAACGAAUUGCAGGCUGGAAACGACGCGCUGGCUGCAGAGCUUACGCGCCUCGCGACCGACGACCAAGGCGAUGAUUAUUCCAAGUACGACGCCCUGCGACAGAUUAUCUCCAAGAAUCGCGCUUUGAUUCGUGCCAUGGGCGAAAAGUCGGGUGUGCCAAUUGAGCCGCCUCAGCAAACCCGUCUGCUCGACUACUGUUCAAACCUCAAGGGCGUCAUUGGCGGCGUGGUACCUGGCGCCGGCGGCUUCGAUGCCAUUGUCCUGCUUGUGCAAGACAGCGAAGACAUUGCCGAAGCACUCAAGACAUCCUUGGCGCAGUACAAUGACCCAGAAGCGACCGGCAAGGUGGGUGUCAUAGGCGUCAGAGAAGAAAUGGUAGGCGUCAAAGCCGAAGACCUAAGCCUCUACAAGGAGUGGGAGGAGUUGAGCUAA